AUGGAUCUAGGAACGAAGAAGGGGAAGGCCGACGAGAAUGGCGGCUUUGACGGCGCUCCCUCACUGUCGAAGCUCAGCCCGGCGGACGCUCGCAAAAUCAUCGAGUCGUUCUCGAAGGAACAUCUCCUCGACAUCGUCCAGGAGGCCGCCUGUCGCCAUCUAAACGUCCUGAAAGCCGUCCGGGCCGUCGCGAACGGUGAUCCCGCCCAGCGCAGGCUCUUCAUACGCGGCCUUGGCUGGGACACCACCACCAAGGUCUCUGCACUCUGUUUUCCACCAACGGCGAUCUGGAGGAGGCGGUGGUGAUCAUCGACAAGAACACUGGUAAGAGCAAGGGCUAUGGAUUCAUCAGCUUCCGUCACAUUGACGGCGCCCUCCUUGCCCUUAAGGAGCGCAGCAAGAAGAUAGAUGGCCGGAUGACUGUGACGCAGCUUGCCGCUUUCGGGACGACAGGGCCAACGCCGCUCAGCCGCCGGUAGUUGACGUGUUCUCUAAGGAAGAUCCAUGUGGGGAAACUGCCACAGGACAUGCCUGCGGAUCGUCUGCUUGCUCAUUUUUUGUCAUGCGGGGAGAUCGAGGAAGGUCCAUUGGGAUUUGAUAAGCAGACGAGUAAGUCGAGGGGGUUCGCGUUGUUUUUGUUUAGAAGACUCCAGAGGGUGCGAAGGCUUCUCUUGUAGACCCCACGAAAGUGAUUUAUGGGCAUUCGAUGGUCUGCAAGGUUGCUGCGGAUGGAAAGAAGGGGAAGCCUGGGGAGCUUGCUACUGGUGCUGUCCCGCCUGUAGGUGGUGUUUCGAAUCAGCCUGCCAUCAGUGCAGGGCCCGGUGUUGCUGGCGAUGGGCUUGGUAUGGGUGGGCAUCCUCCUCUGCAAGGACCUAUGUCUGGUCAAUUCGGUGUGCCGGGAGGGCUCUCUUCCUAUGGUGGGUCCUCUGCGGGCUCCGGUGGAAUUCAGGGGCCUCCAGGAUUGGGGCAACCACCAUCUGAACUCCUCUAUGCCAUCAUCGAUUGGAAUGGGUAUGCCAGGGCUUUCCUCGGUUGGGGGUCAAGUGCUCUCCACUUUGGGUGGUGGGGGAGCCGGUGGAUAUGGAAGCAGCUUGGGUGGGCCUUCCGGUUGA